AUGGCGUGUACGAUUGACUUCAGGUGUCUAGAUGAAGGGUUCGGCGGGAAGACAUACAAGCGAAAGAGAUCCGAAGAAGCUGAAAAACAACUCAACCAAUCAACACAAGAUGGUAACUCCUCCAUGGACGUCGACGCCAUCGAAGGGACAAGCCCACCUCCAUCGAAGAGACAAGCCGUGCCUGCCUCUGAUGAUCCCAGCAAGCCCGUUUUCGGAAAGCCCACAUACGACGGCGUGAUUGCCGGAAAAGUCUCUGGCCGGAAGUGGAAGCAGCCUCGCAACCACCGAGCCUCAGCCGUGAACGUGAGCCGAAAGCCUACGACUUUCGAGCAAAGAAUGAAGGAGAAGGAGAUAAAGAAGGCGUAUAAGGAGAGGAUGACUGAGCUGAAGGAAGAAAUUAGGCAGAACAAAAUUGAGAAGAGGAAGAAGAGAGAAGAGAGGGAGAAGAGGAAGCAGGAAAAUAUUCUGAGGUCUGGGACUAAGCUUCAGAAGAUCACUAAUCCCAAGACUCUUAAGAAGAUUGCCAAGUCUAAAGAGAGGAAGCAGCUCAAGGUUGUUCCUGAUGAUUUGCUUAAGAGUAAGAAGUAA